UUGAGAUUUUUAUCAAUGUUUUAAUCUCACCAAUAAUGAAUGACACCCCACUUCACCUUCACCAAGAGCACCACCCUACGCAAUAAUAAAAAAGGAUAAUGCUCCACACUUUGUCUCUUUUUCUCAUUCACUCUUUCUUCUCACCUUCCAAACUCUCUGUUCUUAUUCUUCUAGCAACUCUUUUUGCUUAGCCUCUGAAAAAGUUUUCUGCUUCUUCUUCUCUUCCCCUAUUGACUUUUUGGUCAGCACACAACGAGACCCACUUGUGGAUCUUCUGAAAAGAUGAUGAUCUUGGAAGAGAUGGGGUUCUGCAACGAUUUGGAUAUGGUGGGAGGUCCUCCAGAGAUGGGUGUGAGACAAAGUGGUGCGGUUGAGGAUGACUACAGCGACGAGGAAAUGGACGUGGAGGAGCUGGAGCGGAGGAUGUGGAGGGACAAGCUGCGGCUGAAGCGAAUGAAGGAACAAAGCAAGGCCAAGGAAGGGAGUGAUGCAGCCAAGCAAAGGCAGUCGCAGGAACAAGCCAGGAGGAAGAAGAUGUCAAGAGCUCAAGACGGAAUCCUCAAGUACAUGCUCAAGAUGAUGGAGGUCUGCAAGGCCCAAGGCUUCGUCUAUGGAAUCAUUCCUGAGAAGGGGAAGCCCGUCACUGGGGCAAGUGAUAACCUCCGCGAAUGGUGGAAGGACAAGGUCAGGUUUGAUCGCAACGGCCCUGCUGCCAUAGCCAAGUACCCUGGGAUGAAUGAUGGACCCAGUUCCAUUGGCCCUACUCCUCACACUUUGCAGGAGCUUCAAGACACCACUCUUGGCUCACUCCUCUCCGCGCUUAUGCAGCACUGUGACCCUCCCCAGAGGCGUUUUCCUCUUGAGAAGGCUGUUCCUCCCCCAUGGUGGCCCACUGGGAAUGAAGACUGGUGGCCCCAAAUUGGCCUCCCCAAGGACCAAGCCCCCCCUCCUUACAAGAAGCCUCAUGACUUGAAGAAGGCCUGGAAGGUCGGCGUUCUCACUGCCGUCAUCAAACACAUGUCUCCCGACAUUGCCAAAAUUCGCAAGCUCGUGAGACAGUCCAAGUGCCUUCAGGACAAGAUGACGGCCAAGGAGAGUGCUACUUGGCUCGCCAUCAUCAAUCAAGAGGAAGCCUUCGCCAGGGAGCUUUACCCUGACUAUUGCCCCGUGUCCUCUGUGAGCGGAGGACACGGAACUCUAGUAGUCAAUGAUUAUAGCGAGUAUGACGUUGAUGGCGGCAAGGUUGAGCCGAAUUUUGAUGUGGAGGACCGAAAGCCUGAGUCUCUCCAUCCUGAUAACAGGUCGGAGAGACUCGAGGGAAGGCUGCCGUUUCAGCAGCCUUCCCUAAAUGUUGUCACGAAUUUGGAUUUCAUUAGGAAAAGGAAGGUUUCAAAUGACUUCAACAUGAUCGUGGAUCACAAGAUCUACACAUGUGAGUACCCUCAAUGUCCUUACAAUGAACUCAGCCUUGGCUUCCAUGACAGAUCAGCUAGGGACAACCAUCAGUUGAGUUGUGUGUAUAGAAACAGCCCAGCAGAUUUUGGUGGUGGUCUCAGUUUUCAUGCCACUGAGGUUAAGCCUGUGAUAUUUCCUCAGUCAUUUGUUCAACCAAAUGCUUCAGCUCAAUCUGGUAGCAUGGUUCCACCUUCGCUUGGGGGAGUUCCGGAGGGUGACCAGAAAAUGAUUAGUGACCUUAUGACAAUCUAUGACAAUGUUCUUGGAAACAGGAAUUUAAGCCCCACAAACUGUGUAGCUUUAGAAAACCAUGAUUUUUUCCCUGCUGGUCAAGGAAUGGUCAUGGAAGGAAACUUGUAUGCACGGGAGGAAAGUCAUUUUGACCGGUUCAAGACCAUGAACAUGAACAUGAACAUGAACAUGAACCCUCCUUUUGAUGCCAACCACAACAACAAUAAUGCUCACUUGAUGUUUAGCUCACCAUGCGAGUUGGCAUCCUUGGCAUCGUCCUUUGACUUUAAAGAGGAUAUUCAAGGAGUGGGGAUGGAUAACACCACCCUUCACAAACAGCAGCAAGACAUUUCAAUCUGGUACCAGUGAAAAUGACUAGAGUCUAGAGAAACUUCUGCUCCAAGGACUUGUAUUUGUGUCACAAAAAGGGUCAUCAUGUGAAAGUGAAACUCCCUUGACUUGAAGGCAGUUGUUGCUGCAUUUUUCUUCUAUGUAAUUGUGUAGCUCUAGGAGUUUUAUGCUCUCGAGUCUGGUUUGUGGUGGUAGUAUGGGCUAAUAAAUCAAGGGUGUUCCCAUAAUGUAACAACCCUUUCAUGUGUGUUUUUAUUUUAUUUCUACUCCUACUACCACUCCUAUUCCUACGCUACUACUUGCUAUAAAAUCUACGACUGUAAUAUAAAUAAAGAUUUUCCUACUCCAGUGUUA